AUGAAAAAGAAGAUCUUUAGUUGGGAGACUAAGUUCUUGUCUAAAGCUGGCAAGGAAGUGUUGAUAAAGUCUGUGGCUCAAGCGCUUCCUAAUUAUGCAAUGAGUGUUUUUCUCCUAACUCAAGAAAUUUGCACAAGCCUUGAAGGGAUGAUGGCGAAGUUUUGGUGGAAAUCCCAAUCUAAUUCAUCUAGCAGAGGAGUGAGUUGGGUUAGUUGGAAGAAGCUUUCUCAACAUAAACACUAUGGUGGUCUUGGUUUUCGUGAUCUUCGGGACUAUAAUCUCUCUUUUUUGGGAAAGCAAGGUUGGCGCCUGCUUACUAUGGAGGACACUCUAGUGGCGAGAAUUUACAAGGCUCGAUAUUACCCACAAGGUUCGUUUCUUAACGCUGAAUUGGGAUCCAAUCCAAGCUUUAUUUGGAGAAGCAUUUGGGCCGCUCAAGAGCUUGUAAGGGCCGGUGCAAGAAGGGCUAUUGCAAGUGGUUCUUCGGUUAGUAUCUUACUUGAUCCUUGGCUUCCAAAUGAUUCUAAUCCUUAUGUCUUGACGAGUAAUCCUGGGUUAGUUGAUCACAAUGUCUCGAGUUUGAUGGUUUUUGGGGGAAAGAUCUUGGGAUGUUGA